AUGGACCUCUCGAAGGUACGUAUCGGCAACCUCAUUGCCGAAGGAGAGUCGGCGACCGUGUGGAACGCCUCAAUCACCAAAAGGGACAGCGAAGGCAACGGCACCAACAAAGCCUGCAUUCUUAAGAUGUUCAAAAGCAAUGAAGCAUUCAUCAACGAGACAGCCGCCCAUGGACGCAUAACAGAAAUCUCUGCUCUCGAAGACCGCGUCCCGCACUAUUACGGACUUGUCCCACACUUACCGCGUUCCAUCCUCCUCGGCAAACACGACGGGGAAAUUCUCCAGCGCCAUAUCUGGAACAUCCGACAGGGGUUCCGUGAUCUCGUCAAAUCGAAAGUCACCGAGACGCUGAAAAUGCUCCACGAAUGUGGCGUGUCCCAUGGCGACAUUACUACAAAGAACAUCAUGUUCCAGACCGACGCUAACGUGAAGCUGGUGCACUUCUCUCAUGCCGACUUGAAGGAAGACGUUGAGGAAGAGUUCAUAUGGCGCAACUGUAUGUCCAUGGAUAAGUGUGACGUGUCGGAGAUAUUCCACGAGGUUGAAUCGGCUAAGGCUCACGAAGAGGCUACUCACCUUCUUAACAGCGUGCGCAACGGCACCGCGAUUGUAGCGCCGCAAGAACGUCUGGCUAUCCUUCUAGACCAUAUGGGAUGCCCAGAAGAGGAAGUUCUUGAUUUCAUCAUGGACGUCUUUGAGCGCCCUAAGCCCAUCUUGGCUCUUCCGCUCGCCGAAUGCCUUGCCAGCGACUACCACCACUACACGAAAGCCAUAGAGAUUCUCACGGAGGCGGCAUCCCGUUUUGACACCCCAUCACUUCCCAUCAGCCAAGAGAACACCGCUUUCACCAUGAGGAUGAAGAUAGCUGCCGCUCGACACGUGGCCAGAAUCGAGGGGAGUUACAUGGACGACGCCCUGCCGCCCUCACACGACCGUUACGAAGAUGUGAUCCGUUUCUACCUCCGUUUCGUCGACGGAGCUAAGCCUGCUGACAAGGUCGUCCUGGAGCUACGCUACGAGCUCGCGAAGCACUUGCAUAGCUGCUACCUCAGACACGUAGGCCACGCAAUGGACGUCUGCGUUCGGGCUCUGGAAGAGGCCAAAUGGUCAGGCGGGGAAGUCUUACUGGGUCACUUGAAGAACUAUUGCAAGCUUAUCGAAGCCGCGAAGGAGCAUCUUGCGCUUGAUAUUCAUUCCAACAGGAAGCACAUGUGGGAAGGGAAGGAGCAUGGGUGGGCACGCUGGGCAAGGCUGCCGAUGCUUGAGCAGGCGUUCCACCGUGCAACAGAAGCGAGACGCCUCUGCAACCACCUAUGGGCGGAAAGGCAGGUGGAGGGGGAUCCCAGAACGAUCUGGGCUCUCCCAGUAGACUGGAUGUUGGAGGAUUAUGCCUGA